AUGUUGAAUCUGGAUGUCCCGAUGGCUGCCAUUUUACCAGAAAAUAAUACAAACGUUGUUGGAAAAGAAAUUGCUUUCGAAUCCUCUAGUCCUAGUACUGAAUCAGGACAUGGCACAACUUUGAACUUAGACAUUUCUUAUGCAUUAACUGAGGCAAUUAACAACGACAUAAUAUUUGACUGCAGUCAAGUGGCUGCUAGCCAAUCUUAUUCACAAGAUAACGAUUUGUUUCCAAGUCCAACUACUUCAACCAAAAGAAUUCAUAUAUCAUAA